GACUUCAUUAUCCAUUCGUUUCGUUGUCCUUACCCUAAUCCUUCUCUGCAACUGAGUUACCGACCUCGAUCAAUCGAAACCCUAAUUCCUCUUCCUCCUCCACCGCUUCCCCCUGUCUCCAAGAGCAGUCACAGCUCCUUCUUCUCCUAACGAAUCAUCGGACCGUUGAUUUCCUUAUCCCAAUUGCCGAUUUUCGCGAUUUUCUUCGUAGGAGUUUUGAUGCAUUUGUCGCCCGCCGCGUCCAAUUUUACGUCGGUUUCGUUUUGACGAGGCAGUUUUUGUUUUCAAUUCGUCGAAAGAUCAAACCCCAUCGAUUCAUCAUCUCCCGGAGUCCUCGGAUUCUCUCAGCAACCGAUCUCCGUUCCUUCGGACUCCUGUAAAUUCAGAUUAAUCCAAUUUUCCUUAGUCGGGGAGCCUCACGGGAUUUUUUUGGUGUUAGACGAGGAUUUUGGUGGAACUCCGGUGGGUGUUUAAGAGCUCGGCUUACUGAGAAAUGGUGGGCGGAGGUAGCAGCAGGAGGGACGAGGGGUCGCUGGUGAUAAACAACACCAACGUUUUUGCUGCCCUCGAGACCCUAAGGAAGAAGAAGAAGUCUGAUAAGGACAAGGGAGCAUCGAAGAGCGGGAAAUCAAAAUCUUCAGCCAGCUCAGCCCAGUCCAAAGAGCCCGAGCAGCAGCAGGUUUUCUGGGCUCCUGCUCCCUUGAAUGCAAAGUCCUGGGCAGAUGUCGAUGACGAGGACGAUGAUGAUUACUAUGCCACCACUGCCCCGCCUCCUUCAGCGUGGGGGCAGGCUCCUCAUGGCAAGGAGCAGCCUGAGAACGUAGAGGAGACAGAGAGUGAGGAUGAUAUACUUGAUGAGGGUGAUGAUGAUGUUGAAGAUGAGCAUGACCAUGAACCCGAGGUUCAAGUGCACCCAGAACCAGUGGUGAAGCCUGCUGAAACUCCUGCUGCGACAAAGGAAACAGAGAGGCAGCUUUCUAAGAAAGAAAAGAAAAAGAAGGAGCUUGCAGAACUUGAGGCUCUUUUGGCUGAUUUUGGUGUCGUUCAGAAAGAUAGUAAUGGCCAAGUUGAAGCAUGUGGUGCUUCACAAGAGAAGAAGGACGGGGAAUCCGAUGGAGAGGGAGGGAAGAAGGAAACUGCUCCUGGAGAGUCCAAAACCAAGAAGAAGAAGAAGAAGGCGAAAGAGCCCCAAGAGAAGCCCAACACCUCUGAGGCCAUCCCAGACAGGCCAGAAGCAGAUGGUGCUGGGGCUGGAACAGAGCAACCCGAGGGAGAGGGGCCAGCCGUCGAUAUGAAGGAGCGGCUCAAGAAGAUGGCCUCCAUGAAGAAGAAGAAGUCCGGCAAGGAGAUGGACUCCGGUGCGAAAGCCGCAGCCCAGGAGGCCGCCGCAAGGAAUGCUAGGCUAGCAGCGGCGAAGAAGAAAGAGAAGAACCAUUACAACCAGCAGCCCGUGCGGUAAAUAGAAAACAUCAUUCGACGAAAAAGAUCAAAAGAAGAAAGAAGAAAAAAAUCGAAACCGAGAUCUCUUCCCAUUCUGCUGCAGCAAACCUUGUGUAUGAACAUGUAGUUUCUUGCUCUGUUCAUAUUCAUAUGGAGAAUAAUCUUGUGGCGAGCUCUUUGUGGCUCUGAUUUCAUUUUUAUUAGAGAUGGAAAGACUUUCUUCUUGCUGAGUUUCUAUUUGCUCUGUGUGGACGUGAUGAUGUUCUUCCCCUCUGUCAAGUUUUGGGCUUUUCUGGCUCAUUUUUUUUUCUUUUUUCUGUUGACGGUAUACAUGUCAUGGGACCAGAAGGUUUUUUUGUCUUC